AUGACAGUCGGUUCAAAUAAAUUUGUAAUCUCAGUAGGAAUAGAUUUUGGCACCUCAUCGUCUGGAUGCUCUUAUGCCUAUAUGGAUGAUGCGGCUGUUACUGUGAUUGAUAUACCAGACCGGGCGAGAAAUAUCAAAACACCAACACAAUCUUUGUAUCGAAAAAACACAAAAGAAUUUGUGUGCUGCGGAUUCAAAGCCGUAAAACAAGGCAACAGACAUGAGACUGGUUAUGAUUUAAUAACCAAUGUCAAGAUGGCGCUGAAUUCUCGGUCCAAAGAUCCCAAAAGUUCCAAACACAGUUUAGAAACAGUUGAUGUUAUAAGGGACUAUUUCAGAAAUUAUUACAUUCAAAUCAUGAAGUAUUUAAAAUCAAAGGAUCCAAGUUUGAAUGAUCCCUCCAGAUUCAGAUAUUGUCUUACUGUUCCUAAUCUCUACUCGGAUAAUGCUAGACUUAUUAUGAGAAGAGCCGUAAUCGAAGCUGGCAUAGUAAAAAAAGAUGACAUUUGUGAUCAACUACUGAUCAUCAAUGAAUCUGAAGCUGCGGGUCUUUGGUGUGAGCAUAUUUCUCCUAAUCUCGAUUUGACUCACGAUAAGUACUUCAUGGUUUGCGAUGCUGGUGGAUAUUCAGUUGAUGUUUCAGUUUUACAAAUCGACACAUCUUCGGGAAAGUCAUUCCGUGAAGUAAUAGCCAGCUCAGGAAGCUUUUGUGGGUCGAUGUGUCUGGAUGAUUGCAUGGAACGUCUACUCCGAAAUCGGCUCUACCUCCGGGAUACCUCUAAUAAACAUAUAAAACGUCUUAUGGAUGAAUUUGUAAAUACUAUCAAACCUGAGUUUGAUGGAACACAAAACGUUCAAUUGACUUUACCAGAAGAAUUACGAUUAAUUUUUGAUCCUAUGGCUGAAAUUGGGGAAGGAAAAUUAUAUAUAUCUGUUCGUGAAAUGAAAGAAGAUGUUUUUGAUCCCAUAAUUCGUCAUGUAAUUCAUUUGAUCAGAGAUCAAUUCAAAAAAAUGAGAAACAAACACAUACACGUUAUGUUUGUUACUGGAGGAUUUGGAGAAUCUCCUUACCUAACCCAUCGCAUCAAGGAAGCCUUUGAAUCUCGCCUGGAUUUUCUUCAUUUUCUUCGUGAAAAAGAUGGAGCUGUAAGACGAGGAGCAGCUCUAUUUGGCCUCAACCCUGAGGUUAUAGAUCAGCGCAUCCUACAGAGAACCUAUGGCUUUAAUAGUGUCAUCAAAGAUGGAUUUACCAAAAGAAAUUGCUUCACCAUUUGGGCAAGAAAAGGCCAGCCUAUAAGGGAGAAUAUGUGGAUAGAAGGCUGGACAUCAUGGGUUAGAGGAAAGUUUGACUUAUCGAUAAGCAUAGCUCUUUAUUCUUAUGAUGGAGAUGAACCUGUAAAAAUGUACAAACCACAAGGCGCUAAGUUGGUGGCUAAAUUUGACACCCAAUUUCGAAUAGCUUUGAAGCCAGGAAAAGAUAGAGCAAAUCUUAAUAUCUUUAUACGUUUUUGCUUGGGCAACAUUCGUGUGAAGGUUAAUAUUAUUGACAAGACCUAUACUUAUCCUCCACAAUAUUAUGACAACGAGCUUUUGAGCCCAGAGCAAAACCUUGACUCUUCUGGUCCACAUUUACACAUAGAUAUCCGCUGA